AAUUUGGAUCGCUGUCAUCCAGCGCAGAGAAACUGAGCGUGUGCGAGGCCGUCGCUGCAGUUCUGCGUCCGUGACGAAGACCUGUCAGGAUGGGGAACAGCGCCCUGAAAGCCCACCUGGAGACAGCGCAGAAGACCGGGGUGUUCCAGCUAACAGGAAAGGGCCUUACGGAGUUUCCUGAAGAUCUGCAGAAGCUGACGAGCAACCUAAGGACAAUAGACUUGUCGAACAAUAAGUUGGAGAUCCUACCACCGCUGAUAGGAAAGUUUUCCUUUCUGAAGAGCCUUGCGCUAAACAACAACAGACUGACUGCUUUACCUGAAGAGCUCUGUAAACUGAAAAAACUGGAAUCGUUGCACUUGAAUGGCAAUCACUUGAGGCAACUACCAGCUGCAUUUGGACAACUUUCAGCUCUCAAAACUCUGAGCCUUUCUGGAAACCAACUUCGGACUGUGCCUACACAACUGUGUGGUCUUCGCCACUUGGAUGUGGUAGAUCUUUCCAAAAACCAGAUCCAAAAUGUGCCUGACACAGUGGGAGAAUUGCAGGCAAUUGAACUCAAUUUGAAUCAGAACCAGAUAUCCCAGAUCUCAGUGCAGAUCUCCCACUGUCCACGCCUCAAAGUACUCCGUUUGGAAGAAAACUGUCUAGAACUCAGUAUGCUUCCUCAAAGUAUCCUCAGCGAUUCCCAGAUCUCACUGCUUGCAGUAGAAGGCAACCUCUUUGAGAUCAAGAAACUCAGAGAACUUGAGGGUUAUGACAAGUACAUGGAACGGUUUACAGCUACAAAGAAGAAGUUUGCGUGAUCAUUAUUCUGACCCUGUGUGGCCUUGGAAAGAAGAGUUUGAGUGAAGCACCUGCUUCUGUGACUUAAACCAAGACCAAUGAAGGAGACUGAUCACACUAUUCUCUCGAGUAGUCUGAUAGCUCAGCAGGCUCUAAGGCAACAUCAAAUAAACCUGAAGUAGAAAACAUGGAUAGUGAACUGAUGAACGUGCCCGGGGCUGGUUUAGAUUCCUCGCCCUUAGAGCUUUUA